GGCAGCUUUCAAGCUUGAGCAUAGCAAGAAGUACGACUCAGAGGUCGAGGAGUCAUUCCGCAUGAAGAUCUUCACGGAGAACAAGCACAAGAUUGCCAGCCACAACAAGGGCUUUGCACAAGGACACCACACUUACAAACUCAGUAUGAACAAAUAUGGAGAUAAGCUCCACCAUGAGUUCGUCUCUACCAUGAAUGGCUUCCGUGGAAACCACACUGGGGGUUACAAGAACAACCGUGCUUACACCGGACCCCUUCUUACCCUGAUGAUGAGGGGCAUUUCCCAAGAAUGUGACGGGGGCCCAAAGGGAGCCGUCACACCUAUCAAGGACCAGGGCCAGUGUGGCUCUUGCUGGGCUUUCUCUGCCACUGGUGCCUUGGAGGGCCAGACAUUCCGCAAGACUGGUCAGCUGGUGAGCCUCUCGGAGCAGAACCUGGUGGACUGCUCUCGCAAGUUUGGCAACAAUGGUUGCAACGGUGGACUCAUGGACAAUGCCUUCGAGUACGUCAAGGAGAAUGGCGGCAUCGACACUGAGGAGAGCUACCCAUAUGAUGCAGAGGACGAGAAAUGCCAUUACAAUCCCCGAGCUGCUGGUGCCGAGGACAAGGGCUUCGUUGACGUGCGCGAGGGAAGCGAACAUGCACUGAAGAAGGCUGUUGCCACCGUUGGCCCAGUGUCUGUGGCUAUUGAUGCAUCUCACGAGUCAUUCCAGUUCUACAGCCAUGGUAGGACUUCUUUUUGAAAUU